AUGUCUGCCAAGGAAGAAGCUGACGUGGACAACGCUGUGGGAUCAUCGCCGUCGCAAGGCAAUGAAGCCUCGUCUGCUACCGCAACGCAUGCAUCGACGCCAACGACCACAAAGCAUACGGAUUCCCUGAAUUCGACUGCAGAGACUUCAAAAGACGCCACUAAUACGACCGAUGCUGGGAAUGCAACAGACCUGACCGAAGCCACAUAUAUGGCUGGCAGCACGAAACCUCCAUCAUUCUCGUUGGAAGCAAGGGAUUCAGAGCAUAAUGCGGAUCUAGGAAGUGCAAAAACAGCUGCUCCAUCGAUGCCCAUGGGACCAGAACCAGCAGCACAUACAGCGGCUGCGCCAAGGCUAUCAAAUGAAGACCCGCCACAUAGUUCGACAACUCCAUCGGAGGUGAACGACACACGGAAGCGCGCUGGAUCUCCGCUUAAAGAUGCACACAUGCCGGACAAGCGGCACAGAAUGGAUGAAGUGCCAUCUUCUGAGACAGAUCACGCGGGAGAAGCUCAUACCAACGUUCAUCAACCCGAGGCCGAGCAGGAGGCCACCAAGGAGACGGUACUAGAUGCCCUUAAUGCUGCCACCACAGCCCCAGAGUCUGUAACCAGCGCAGCCAGGCCCAGGGCAAUGCCAACAGGAGAUGUUACGUCAGUGUCCGAAGAUGGCCCCAAAGCUGAUACACCACAUCCUGUUCGUCCCUUGCCCACCAGUAUUACGGGUCUCAGUGGCAGUGGAAAUGCAGCCCAAAUGCAUGAGGACAUUGUCCGAAAUGAGCACUCACACAAGCUUGAUUUGUAUGUGUGGGAGUACCUGCAUUACCGCAAGUUGCACAAGACCGCAGCGGCUUUCGUCGAAGAAACAGACUUGCCUGAGAACCCCGAAAUCCCCAUCCGUCUGCCUCGCGGCUUCUUGUAUGAGUAUUGGAGUGUGUUCUGGGAACUAUUUAAUGCACGUUCCAGCUACAACCACAAGCAAGCGAAUUUAUUUACCGAAUUUCUCGAGUCACGGCGACAUCAGCGCUGGAAAGAGGCAACAAAACCCAAAUCGUAUGAUGCCGCCAUGUUCUCAGAUCCUGGAUCUACCGCUGCGGCUACGGCCGCUACGGCCGCUGUCACGGCAGGUGUGCUUCCUGCGCCCGCCACUUCAUCGACAGCUGCAGCUUCUGCGGCACCUGUUCCUCCUGCUGUCUCGGACGUUCCACCAGGCUCAGUUCCACCACCCCCAUUCGUCAUGCCUGGUCAUGAGACUGCGAAUGCACUUGCGCCGCCUGUGCAGAUUCUUAUGAUGGGUCAUGGCGCAUCAAAUACUCAAUCACAGUUACCAGCAACUAUCUCACAGACAAAAGCACCUACAUCCACACAGGUGCCACCGUCGGCGUCUUCUACCCAGCAGUACCAGCCUUCGACGCCGCAACAGCUGCCGGGCUCUGAUUGUCAGACGCCAACCGCGCAGUCCCAAGCUGCAAUGCAACCCGCCUCUGCGCCGCCCACGCCUAGUUCGAAUGCAACAAUGUCGACAGGAUCUGCACCAGCUAUACCUUCAGCUGUGCAGCCAUCUGCCCAAAACCAGGCGCCAACGUUUCAUACACAGCAUGUUGGUGCGAUGCGUGGCCAGCCCAUGUCGGCCACCCAGCCAAAUGCUGCCACAGGUCCCCCGACACCUGUGCUAUCGUCAUUGCCCACCACGUUCAAAGUAGGACAGCAAACGUCAGCACUGGUGCUCUAA